AUGCUCCAUGGUGACAUGAACUUGUCGAGACUCAUGGUGUAUUCUCACUCCAUAGAUGACCCUAAACUUAGUAGGAUUUCUAGAAACGUGAAGAGGAGUAGACCAAGUGAAAAAUACCAUCCUAGGUUCAAGAAGAGGGUUGAAAUUCAAGAUGAACCUAGAGAUCUUAAGGUCUAUCUUGAGAAGGGUAGUGGUUCUCAAGGUGGUAAGCCUACUUGUGUUACUUGUGCGAAGAAGCACUAUGGGAAAUGUCUAAUUGGUAGCGGAAAUUGCUUUGCUCGUGGUAAGGAUUUACAUAAGAUGAGGGAUUGUCCAACUAUUGCAGCUAGAGGAAAAAAAUCUAAGAAAGAUCCUCCCAGUAUUCCGGAAGGUGGUGCCUCAAAAGGUAAGGCUCGUUUCUAUGCACACCGGGCUAAGGGAGAAAACCUGGAUGAUGAUUAUGAUGUUGAUAAGUUAUAUCUUCUUUGUUUAGUAGUUAUGAGUUCCUUCUAA